UAUUUCCCACCAUGGAGCCAUGGCCAGCAAACUUCCGGCGGCGCUACAUUUGUUAAGGGCCUGGCAAGCAGAGAGCAACCAGGAGGGUGGCUGCCUGUCCAACUGCCAAAUCUGUGCACAAUUGGCGCUGGAACAAGGAGACGUCCAACAAGUCUCAGCACUGUGGUCCCAGGGGGCUUCAUUGUACUUUGAUUUUGAUGACCUGGACCAUCAGGAAGAGCAGCUGGACACCCAGAAAGACCCCUACCCGAGCGUGAAGGAAGUCCCGUCAAAGCCAAGGUUUGUUGAUGGUGUCGUGACCCUGCGCAUCGUGGCAGCCAUGACUGGUGAAGAUGUGUGCACACUUUGCAACACCGCCAUGAGUUCGACCAUCCGAAGCAUCAAGGAGCGCAUCGAAAGACUCGAGGGGACCACCCUCAACAUGCAGAAGUUGUUGGGUCCACAUGGCGAGGCGACUCAGGACCAAGAUCUCUUAGUUGACAUCAUCUCCGACGGACCUCCACAGCUGCUGUUUCUACGGUCGCUGCCCUGCUGGGCAGGACUUCUGGAGGAAAUCCGACGCGGCGAGGUGGAGUUGCAAGAUUUGGACGAAGGCGCUCGCAGCGAUCGAGGCUUGGUGCUGGUGGCUGUGAGGGCCAGUCAAGGGAGAGCUUUGGAAUAUGCAUCAUGGACCCUUCGCAACGACAAGGCUUUAGUCUUAGAGGCAGUGACUCGCAACGGCCUUUCCCUGCGGCAUGCAGCAGCCAGCCUGAGGGGAGACCGUGACGUGGUGCUUGCGGCGGUGCGCGACUGCCCCAUGGCCCUGGAACACGCCAGCGAGCUGCUGCGCCGCGACCGUGACUUCGUCACCAUGGCCAUGCGCAUCUCCGUGCGCGCCGCGGGGGGCUUGAGCCAGGAGUUGUCCUCGGACCCCGCCUUCGCUGGGCGCCUCCUAGAGCUCUUCCCCAGCGCCUUGGUCUACCUCUCUGGGAGCCUGCGCCGGUCCAAGGACUUCAUCCUCCAAGCGGUGCAGAAGAACGGCGAGGUGCUGCGCUAUGCCUGCGGCUGGCACUCAGAGCCCGAGGUGGUGCUCACGGCCAUUGAGAAGGCCUCACAUGCGGUGCACUACGUGGACAGUCGACUUCGACAGCGCGUCGACUUCGGCCGUGCCGCGGUGCUGGUGAACUGCUGGUCCUUCGAGCAGCUGCCCUCGCGGCACCGGAGCUCCUUGCCGCUGGCCUUGGAGGCGGCACGAGCGCAGCCCGCCUUGGCGCACUUCGCCACGGAAGGCAUCCGAAAUGAAGUGGUCUAUCUGAUUAAGAAGGAGCAGUCUGAAGCGAUUGGAGCGCCGAAAGGUUAUGUGGAGGGCCCCGUGUGGUGGAUACCUGAAAUUUCGAAGCAACCGGAAAGGGCGGAAGCACUGUCCACCGUGGGAUUCAGCAACGUUUUGACCGCACCGGGCAUGGGCAAAGCCCGAGCCGCCAAGGCUGAGCCUAAAAAGGAACCAGAGAAGGGCAAGGCUGACAAGGCGAAAGAUGCCAAGGGUGGCAAGACUGAGGCUAAGGAGCCUGCCAAGGAGCCUGCCAAGGAGCCUGCCAAGGAGGAUCCCAAAGCCAAACUGCUAGAGGAAGCGAAGCAGAAGUAUGCGGAUGAUGAGAGGGAUGAGCUGGCCAGAUCUGAGCUGCUGGAAGCUGAGAUCGUUGCUGUGGGGAAUCGUGACAAGAGCAUCGCUCGAGUCACACGCUUCCAAAAUAGGUUGAAGCUUUUUAAAGGCGAGGCUGAGAUGGAUGCGGUGAUGAAAGACGUGGAUUCUGUUGAUGCUUCCAAGUACGUCUCUGAACUCACAGACUGCAUCCUGGAAGCCGCCGGAAACACCUUGAAGCUCAAGGAACUCAACGCCGUCAGCAAGCUUUGUAGCAAGCUCAACGCCACAUACGAAGAGUUUGCAGCUUUGUUGGCAAAGGCCAUUGUGAAGGCAUUUCAGAACACCGCCGGAAGCGAGCUGAAUCGGAGGCGCUUUCUCUUCAGAAUGUGUGCAGAACUGUGUCUCACAGAAUGUGUUCCAGCAACGAAGCCACCCUUGCUGGAUAUGAUGAAAGAGUUCGGGCUAGCUGAUAUCUCCGUGCCUGAGGAGCAGUUGGUGACCAAUUUCACCAUCGUGUCCUCGCUGGUGCAGAAGCAUGCAGUGAGCUGUUUCAACAUCGUUCCCUCCAAGCAGCAAACCUACGCUGAAGCCCUCGGCAAGGAGUGGCCCGCGAGGCAAUGUGUGCUGGAUGAGGCUGUACGAAAUCAGCUUCAGCAGCUUGCUGUCAACGCGUACCAAUCGGCAUCAGCAGGGAUGUUGCGAAAUGCCCACAACCGAUUGGUGGAGCAGGAGAAGGCCAAUGCUGCUCUGCGGGUCGACAAGGGCCAGGUGGAUGCGGAAAACGAGCAAAAACACACGCAGUUCAAGGAAGCGUUGCAAAAGAUCGAGUCCACUCUGACCACCCUGUCGGAGUUCUUGAAUCAGCCAAUGCCGACGAUCGAAGAGGAGCAAGAUGUGUCCAGAAUCGGAGUGGCCGAAAAGCCAAAGGAAGAGAUCGUUGAAGAGGAGGAGGUCUUGAUCUUCGAGGACUCGGAGCAGCAGAAGUUCUACGAAGAUCUGGUGGAUCUCAAGGACAUCAUUCCUGCCGUUCUCCUCACUUCUGGCAAGAGCACUGUAGAUGCAAAUGCUGAUCCGGAGGCAAAGCCUGAACGCCCACCAGAGGAAAAAGAGAAGCCAAAGGAUGCUGCAGCUUCAGACUUUGAUUUGUACCUCAUGCGCGUCUCCAAAGCUGAAUCAGCCAAGCAGGUGGAUGAUAUUGUGGUGGAGUUCUUCCACGAUUUCAAUACCAAGGGCAAUCGCCAGAGACUGGCCUUUCACCUCUAUGGGGCCCAUAAGAUCAAGCAGCUGCACUUGCUGGCACCUUAUGCGCGCAUAGCGGCGAUGGUAGGGCCUUAUGUCAAAGAAGUGGCCAACUUGCUGAUGUCGUGGUUGCAGCAAGAGCUUGAGCAGGUCAUUGGCGACCCAAACCAAAGCCUCCUGGAACAAAAGGUGAAGGUGGUGAAGUACCUCUGUGAACUCUGCAAGUUCAAAAUCUGCCCUCCGGGCGUCAUUUUGGACAUCUUUAAGACCCUCUGCGAUGACUUCAACCAGCAGAAUGCGGAACUCUGCGCCAACCUGUUGCAGCCCGGGACCUGUGGGCGUUACCUGAUGUACAAACCAGAGACGGCCACCCGCACAGACAACCUCUUGGAACGAAUGCUGCGUCUUACGAAAGCGAAGUCUUUGCCCUUGAGGUUGGAGAUCAUGCUGGAAGAUGCCUUCUAUCAGGUCAAGCCGCCGGAGGGGAAGCGAAAGCAGAAGAAAAGCAAGGAACCCCUGGAGCUCUUUGUGGAACACUUGGUCUUUGACCGUUUGUACAAGGAGGAAGACGAGGAUCUCUUUUUGAAGCUGGUGCGAAAACUGCCCUGGGAGGGUCCCGCAUCUGGCUGGCUGAAGAAGUGCUUAUUGGACUUGAAUCACCAUGCCAACUACGAGAACUUGUCAUGCGUGGCUUCGCUCUUGAGUGGCCUGGCCAAGUACCGCGAUGCUUUUGUCAUCGACGUCAUUGACUCUUUGCUGGAAAACAUUCAGGUGACCUUGGAACGAAACGACUUCCGAGAGAUGCCAUUGAGGGUGCGACAGGUGAAAUUGGUGGGUGAGCUCUACAACUAUCGCCUGGUGGAUUCUGUGUUGAUCUUUGACUCCCUCUACCAGUUCAUUGGCUUUGGAGGUCCUAGCUCCUAUCGGGCAAGUCAGUUCAUCACUGCUCACAAGUUGGUUGAGAGGGGCCUGGCUAUGCGCAAGGGUGGCCUUGGAAGCAUCACCGAGGAACAGGAGGAUGCAGAGGACGGUAGCCAACUACCAGAGCUUCUCGCGGACCCACAGCAUCCCAUCGAGGCACCUUGGGACUUCUUCCGAAUCAAGCUGGUUUGUGUGCUGCUUGAGACCUGCGGCCAUUACUUUGACCGCGGAGCUUCCAAGCAGAAGCUUGACCGCUUCUUGACCUUCUUCAUCCGCUACGUUCACAGCAAGGGAGAGCUGCCACAGCGCUUCAUGAACAUGGUCUACGAUACCCUCGAGAGGCUGAGGCCCCGCCUCACCUAUCCCACGCUCAAGUCGGAUGCUUCCGAGGCAGUCUUGAAGCUGCUGGACAGGGAGAAAGAUGACCUGGACGUGGGAGGUGACAAGGCGGAUGAAAGAGAUGACGAUGACGAUGAGGCGGAAGACGAGAGCACGGAGGAAGACGACUCCGGCUCAGACGAGGAGUCCUCCGAAGAGGAAUCGGAAGAAGAAGACGCCAGUGAAUCAGAUGAUGAUGAAGAUGCGUACGAUCGCGGAGACGAAGUGCAGAAGCAUGCUGCGGAGGAUGAUUUCGAUAAGGAGGUGCAGCAGAUUCUCAUCGAGUCCCUCGAGAAGGAGAGGAAUGCUCCGCGGAUGACUUUGGCGGAACUUCCUCAACCGCUCCAAAUCGCCAAGAAAACCGAGCAGAUGGGGGACAUGGCCAUGGGCCAGUUCAACCUUUUGCAGAAGAAGACGGGUGGCAAGAUACAGAUGAAGCAAUUGAGCAUCCCCGAUGACUCCAAGCUACUUCAGGCCAGGAAAAUCGACGUGGAAGAAGCGUCCAAAGAAAAGGAGGACCUGAAGAGGUUUGUGAUGCAGUACGAAGAGACGGGAGCAGGCGAUUCUUCAGGAUCUGUCAUACCACUGGCUGUCCGAAAAGGAAAAGGACAUCGAAAGGGAGGAUCAAGGUCACACGGAGACCACGAAUACUUGAAGGAAGAGUUGAUGCCCGAAGAAUCGAAACCGGACUCACUUGCCAUGACUGGUGGCAUCAUCGUCCGAUACAAAGGCAAGGGCAAAGGCAACAAGAGUGGACCCAAUGUCAUGAGGGGUGGUUGUUGCUGUGGAUCUGAACAAACGUCCCCUGAGAGCGGAGGGAAGUUCGAGAAAGGAGGUGACAACGACUUAUCCAAUGGACCUGUGGCAAAUCGUUACUGCACAGAUUUGUGGUGCUUGCCGUUCCUCUUGGUGGCAUGGUUGGCCUAUUUAGUGGUCACCUUCAUGGGCUUCGCGGAUGGAAAUCCGGCCAAGCUCUACCUGCCGCGGGACUACAGUGGCGCCUACUGUGGGGUGGAGACCAAUUGGAACUCGGGUCCCAACACCUUGAACUUUCCAUACCUGUCCUUUACGAUGAACGCAACUGCGACCACUGAUUUGGUCGUUAAACAGCUCUUGUGCUCCACAGCGGGGGACAGUGUCAUCCAGACCUUGGGUUUGACAACGGCGUCAUAUGAUGCCUAUUUAUGCGCAUGUUGCAAAGUCCCAUGCGAUUCUUGCCGCAGCAGCUAUCAAUUCAGUGACGUUUCAAGCGUGACUGAUUUGCAGAGCACUGUGACAGGCAAGAUGCAGGAAAUACGUGGCGCCGUAAGUCCCUCGAGUUUAUUCAGUCCAUCGGGCAGCAACGGAGACUUCUUCACCACCAUGUGGAGUGAGGCCACCAAGUAUUUCAACUUAGUGUGUUUGCCCGAUUGCAACACCAACUUCGAUACAUCCAACAGUAGCACGACCCCAAGAACCUGGACCUAUGAAAUGGCCGAAGACAACCCCUUGAAGACCUACUGGGAUUUGCUGAAGACCAGUGGAUCCUUGCAGACCACGAUCAACGAUCAAUUCACCUUCACGGCUCUGCCAUUGUCGCUUUGCCCUUAUUCGGAGAACAAGUGCAUCCCAAUGCCUGGUGUCGAAUUCUCCGCAGCAUCCUUAAAUUAUUGCAGCUUCAAGAUGUCCAGUGAUGUGAUCUCAGCGGUUGGCAGCUCCGCGGCUGAGACCUUUGAAAGCCUGGCGGUCCAAUCUUUCACCGAAAGCGAAUCCUUGGGCACGCUGCUGGGAGAGUUCGAGAAAUCCAUUGAUGCCUUCAUCAUCGUUGCAUUGCUGUGCUUCGUCAUCGGAUUUAUCUACAUCGUCCUCCUGCGGUUUCUGAUUGGUCCGUGCGUUUGGUGUGCCGUCCUCUUGGUGUUGCUAUCCCUGUUGCUGGGGGGCGCGGCCUGUUACAUCAAGAGCUUCCAAUGCGCAGGUGUCAGCAUUUUUGAGACUGGUCAGCAGGUGGCCGUGGCCGUCACGGUGACGGUGGAGGUCGCGACCACCAAUGCCGUCACCGGCCAGGUCUCGAGUGAAGAACUGACUGGAGAUGGAUCCACGUACACAGGCGUUCAAUAUCGCACCAAGAAUGGCUAUGCUUGCGAGACCUGGGGAUCAGGGGUAGCGGCAUCCUACACAUCGACCACCUAUUCCAACCUGGUUGGCGCCAACAACUAUUGCCGAAACCCCUACUUGGCCUCCGAUACGAAUCGCGCCUCGACGAUCUGGUGUUUCACCACGGAUCCGACCUUAAGGUGGGAAGAAUGCACACCCGUGGGGGUCAUCCAACCUGUUUGUUCCGCCGGCUAUGCCGUGACCAGCGAAGAUGUCAGGAAGGUCUUGGAAAUCUGCAGCUAUGUGAUUUGGUCCCUGGCCGGCGUCUACGUCCUGAUGGUCUUCUGCUUCUUCGGUCGCAUUCAGCUGGCGAUCGCUGUGAACAAGGUGGCUGCCACCUUCGUGUCGCAUACCUUUCGCAUCAUCGGAGUGCCGAUCGUUCAAGCAUUCGUGGGCAUCCUGUGGAUACUGCUCUGGGGCGUUUCCGUGAGCUUUCUGGUCUCGCAGGUGCCAGCUGACUACUCCCCAACAACAGCCUAUGCAACCUAUGCGGAAGCUUACGGAACCUCCAAUGAAACGGGCGCCUGCACCAACAAAUGGCCGACAGGAUUCGUCUACAAAGAUGAAGGCAAUUGUCAGACUCUGGACAAUAACGAGGUGGGAUGCUGGAAAUGCGCACCUCCUCGUUAUGUCUUCGACUAUCGCUUUGCAGUCUCCUUCUUUGUAUUCCUUUGGAACAACGCCCUGAAUAUUGCCAUGGGUCAGUGCAUCAUUGCCGGCGCGGUGGGGGUGUGGUUCUUCACGCCCAACGCAGAGAAGGGCAAGAAUUCUCCCAUCAAGCGAUCCUGUUGGAACGUGUUCCGCUACCACCUGGGAUCUUUGGCUUUUGGAUCUUUCAUCAUCGCUGUGAUCAAAUUUAUCAGGUACUUGAUGAAUUAUUUUGAGAAGCAAGCAAAAGCACAAAAGAACAAGGUAAUGGCGUUGGUGUUGCGGUGCCUCCGUUGCUGCAUUUGGUGCUUUGAGAAGUGCGUGAAGUUCCUAAACAAGAACGCAUAUAUUCAGAUCGCACUCAUGGGAAAGAACUUCUGCACAUCUGCGAAGGCUGCCUUCUGGUUAAUCCUGCGCAAUGCGCUGCGCUUUGGAACCAUUGGAAUCUUGAGUUACAUGGUGGAUUUGAUUGGUUUGUUCUUCAUCAUGGCCACAUCGGUUGGCUUGGGCUACCUGGUCCAUCAAGGUCUUCACCCCGAAACGGCGCCGCUGAUUCCGAUGAUCGGAUUCGUGAUGAUGUCGUACGUGGUGGCCAAACUGUUCUUGAACGUCUUCGGCAUGGCGGUGGACAGCACGCUGCAGUGCUUCCUGGCCUGCGAAGAGAUGGGCCUGGGUGGCAACUUUGUGCCCAGCGCCAUGUCCGGGUGGCUGGACAAGAACAAGGCGAUCGAAGAUGUGCACAAAGACUAG